AUGUCUCAACAUACUGUGGAUGACAUGACACAUUUAACAUUUCAUUCGAUAGGAGAAGAACAACAAACACCACUCCUAUCAACUCUGUUUAAUUUAUUUGGAGAUUUUGAUACGGAACAAUAUCAACCAUUAUAUUCAGGAGAUUCCUCUAAUUCAUCUAUUCUAAACCCUUUCGGAUUUAAACCAGUACCAUCACAAACACCUGCAGAUAUUGUUGCUUUUUCUGUUGGUUGUUUCAUGAUUUUGUGUAAUUUCGUUGCUAUGGCUUUGGUUUUUACCAAGUACAAGAAGAUUGCUGUCCGUUCGAAACAUCCCUUUCUAAUGGCAAAAACUUUAUUCUUCAAUGCAGUCAUGUUUAUUGGAUAUUGUUUCAAUAAUGGAUUACUCGCAAAUUCAACAAAGGGAUUGUGUGUGACAUUUUCAAUUUGGUUUUUCAAUAUUGGAUUUUUUGGUUGGAUUUGCACAUUGCUCACAAGACAACUCAUUGUCUUGAUUGGAUUUAAAACAAAGAGAAAACUCAAAUAUAUUAACAUGGUUUUCAUUGUGCUCUUGCUGAUUCCUGUAAUAAUUUACUGUAUUAUUGCGAGUGCAAUUGAGGAAAUUUAUAUUAGCAAUGACAAGUGUAGAUAUAGUGUCACUUCUGUUGCUGUCAAUUUUUCAUUUACAAUUUUUUACUUGGUAUUGAUUGUUAUUAUGAUUAUUCUUAGUAGAAAAGUACUUGAAGAGUUCAGUUCUGCAGCAACUGAAACCAGUGGACUCAUUCUUAUUGUAGCUAGUAUUAUUAUUGCCUUACUGACAUGGCUCUUAUCACUUCACAGAAUAAUUCCAAUCAGAAUUGUCAUCUCCAUGACACCAAUAUUUGUUGGCAGUUACUACUUUUGGUCCUACUAUAGAGGAAUAGUUUUCUCAAUCCUCACUUGCUCCAGUGAAGAAUACUUUAUCAAUUGGUUACAAAAUCAGAAUGCCAUCACUGAGGAAUCCUCAAAGGAAAUUGAACAAGAAUUAGAAAUCUCCCUCAGCAAAAUGCAAGUUAUCAAAUUGAGUACACUGAGCUCAAGUACCUUUGCUGGUCUUCAUAUACAAGAUUUAUCUGACGAAAUAGAUGAUCAACCACUCUACUCGAGACAUAAUCACCCUGAACAUCAAAACUAA